AUGCUGGCCAAGAUUGUGAGAGAUGAAUCUCAAAAAAGAACUGCUGUGUUCAGGGUGACGGUGCUGGAUGCCACGUGUCUGAUGAUUUUGGGUCAGGUUGGGUGUAAGAUUCCCAAUUCUAAAUGCAGCAUCAGUGACCCUUUGCCUUUUCUUCACAAGGAAUACAAACCAGGAGACCUCAACAUUGUAGGCAUUCUGUCUAAGAUCUACAUAUUUUAUAACAUGGUGGAAUUCAAGGAACCACCCUCUAGUAAUCUUUUUGAUGACAUUCUGGUCAUGACACCUCUCUUUCAGCAGUUCCUGGCUUUGCAAUUUGCAGUCAAGGAAAUCAAUGAAGAUCCUCAUAUAUUACCCAAUCAUACCCUGGGCUUCCAUAUCUACAAUAGUUAUUUUACUACCAUUUGGAUUUAUCGUGCCUCGUUAGAAGUAUUUUCUGCUCAGAACAGAUUUACUCCCAACUACAGCUGUGACCGGCAGAACAGACCAAUAGCUGUCAUUGGAGGGCCAACACCUGCAGUUCAGGCCCAUAUGGCCACCAUCCUGUCUCUCUACAAAACACCACAGCUCAUCUAUGGCUCAACUCCAGAGAUUAAUGCAAAAACAGAGGCCCCUAUAUACCAACAGAUGUUCCCAAAUGUUGGCCAUCAGUACAAAGGAGUUCUCCAGCUAUUGCUAUACUUCAGAUGGGCUUGGAUUGGGGUGUUAUAUUCAAAUAAUGAUUAUGGUGAAAGAUUUAUACAGGAUAUAGCUCCCAUGUUUUCCCAGAAUGGCAUCUGUUUUGCUUUCAGCGAAAGAUUCCCAGAAAUAACUUAUUCAAAUAAUAUUUUAUCUGCUGUGGAAUCUGGGCUUGAAAUGUACAAUGUUGUUAUGGGAAGCACAGUUAACGUAGUGAUGAUGUUUUGUGAAAUUGAACACAUGAUUCUUCUGAGAUUGUUUCCCACUUUAUCCAAAUAUGAAGGAAAGCCACUAUGGAAAAGAGCUAAGGUGUGGGUUAUAGCAACACUGGUGGAUUUUACUUCACUGCCCUUUCAGAGAAAUGAGGACAUGGAUUUCCUCCAUGGGGCCCUGUCCUUUUCAAUUCACUCAAAGGAAGUAGUAAGAUUCCAGAAAUUUCUUCAGAUGAGUUCUUCAGAUAAGUCUGACUUAGAAGAAGAAGAAAGCUUUAUUAGGCUUUUCUGGGAAAAUGCAUUUGAAUGUUCAUUCUCCAACUUCAUUACGGAUGAAGAAAAUAAGACUAUCUGCACUGGAGAAGAAAAACUUAACAGUCUUCCAUCAUCUGUCUUUGAAAUGGACAUGACCGGCCAUAGCUACAGUGUUUACAAUGCAGUCUAUGUAGUAGCACAUACAUUACAUGACUUCCAGUCAUCUCUUUCUAAAUACAGAAAAGUAGAGCAGGAAGCCCAGCGGAAGCUUCUAGAACAGCCACUCUGGAAGAGGGUCAAAGUUGGAAGGAUAGACCUGAUAGAUUCCCAAGAAGAGAUGCUUACCAUUGAUGAGGCUAAUAUUGUAUGGCCACAGAGAUUUAACCAGGCUCAGCCACUUUCUCAGUGCAAUAACAAGUGCCCUUCAGGCCACAGUAAAAACAAGAUAGAAGGGAAGCCAUUUUGCUGCUAUGAUUGCCUUCGAUGUCCAGAUGGGAAAAUGGCUAACCAGGAGGACAUGAAUGACUGUGUUGAAUGUCCGGAAAAUCAGUACCCAAACAAGAAUCAGGAUUUGUGUAUCAAUAAGGUUAUGACCUUCUUGAUGUAUGAAGAAAUUGGAGGAAGUAUUUUGGCCAGUUCUGCUCUAUUUUGUUUUUUCAUCACAGGUGUAGUCCUGGGGAUCUUUAUUAAACACAUGGAUACUCCACUAGUUAAAGCUAACAACCGGAACCUUACCUAUAUUCUCCUUGUUGCUCUCAUGUUGUCUUUCCUAUCAGCCUUGCUAUUUAUUGGCCAACCUUCCAAGGUGACAUGUGUCCUUCGUCAAACUGCAUUUGGCAUCAUCUUCUCAGUAGCUAUCUCUUGCAUUCUGGCUAAGACCAUCACUGUGGUUGUAGCUUUCAUGGCUACCAAACCAGGCUCAAAGAUGACCAAAUGGGUGGGGAAAAGACUAGGCAUGUGCAUCGUAUUUUGUUGCUCUUCUAUUCAAGUCAUGAUUUGUAUUACAUGGUUGACAACCUUCUCCCCAUUCCCAGAUGAUGACAUGAAUUCAAUAACAGAAGAAAUCAUCUUGGAAUGUAAUGAAGGAUCAGUCUUCAUGUUCUACUGUAUCUUGGGCUUUAUGGGCUUCCUUGCCAUGGUCAGUUUCAUAGUGGCUUUCUUAGCAAGAAAAUUGCCUGACACUUUCAAUGAAGCCAAGUUUAUUACCUUCAGCAUGUUGGCCUUCUGCACUGUGUGGCUGUCCUUCAUUCCCACAUACCUAAGCACAAAAGGGAAAUACAUGGUUGUUGUAGAGAUCUUUUCUAUUAUAACCUCCAGUGCUGGGUUACUAAGUUGUAUCUUUUUCCCCAAAUGCUAUAUAAUUUUAUUGAGACCUAAUCUGAACCAAAAAAAGCAACUAACACAGAAAAAGCAAUAA